ACGACUGGAUUUGAUUGGAAUUGGCGAGAGAGUCUGUUCUUAUUGGCCCAAUAUGUGCAACGUGCCAUUCGACAAAAUAUAUGUUGAUGCCACCUACAAAGAACGUGCAUAUGAAAGCGCUUUCUGGUAUGUUUACGGACUCCUCAAUCUGACCGAUUCGUCUCAAUUCAACUUCGCUUUCGAUGGACCUCAAGAUGCGACUGCAGAUUCAGUUAAAGACGGGAUUGAACAAUUGCAGCAGAAAUUGAUAUUUGAUAUCAAUCCGCCUGAAAACGACACGGUGCUGAGAUUCUAUGAUGCUUGUGAAAAAUAUGUAGUAAGUGUAGAUGACAACGAUACUGCCAUGUAUCAAGUGACAGACUUCGAAAACACCACCACAUUCCAAUCUAGUCUACAGCUGUUGUCGGACAGUUUCUGUGCAGAAGGUGGAUUGUGUUCGAUGAACGAAACAAUUCUGAGCAAUAUUUACACCGCUUGUUCACAUGCACAGAUGAUGUUCAAUGACUAUGCCCCUUGUGAAUACAUUCCACAGGAAGUAUUGGAGACCUUCGAAUAUUGCAGUGAUCUGAAGGUAUACUACAAAAGCUAUCGGGGCUACAAUAUCAGCUACACUUCGUCUUGUUACCUCACUCGUGUUAUUACGCAAGACAUUCAGAAAGCUGUCAAGCAUGACAUAAUAAAGCGAAAAAAGGCAGAUGAAAAGGAGUGUGAACAAUUUGAAGAGACAGCUGUCAAUCAUGACGUCACAGUGAAGACUGGCGAAAAUGAAGAAAUUGGCGAUGGAAGUGAUCAAGUCUUCAGUCAUAUUGUGAGGGCGGCGCAUGCAGAAACUGUUUUGCCCGUUUUGGGCAUUAUGGAUGCUGUUUAUACAGAGCCUCUGACUGCAGACACUUACUCAAUCUAUCGCAACUUUCAUUCCUCACGUCUAGCUCCAAUGGCCGCCAAUAUCAUAUUCACAGUGUACUAUUCACCCGAAAGAUCACAAAGCCGAAAGCCAGAAAACAGUUAUUUUGACAAUUAUUUUGUAACCAUUCUGCUUAAUGAGCGCUUAUUGUAUUUGGACGGGCUGAACGAUCCAUUGAGGCCAAAUAGCCCGGUACCGUAUAAGAAAUUUACGCAAUUCCUGGAUACAUGCAGUAUCGAAGAGUUCGAAAAGAUGUGUGAAGAAACAGAGGAAUUAUGAAGGAUCAUGUUUAAAUUAUUUCUUCCAUGUAUUGUGAUGGCUGACGAAAACUAGCGAGCUACAAAACCACUAAAAAAGAGUUUUAUUUUUGAUCUUUUCCUGAAAUAGUUGUACAUAUUUAGUUUAUUAUUGGCUUCAAUG